AUGGACCGGGGUGAGCGCCUCGGCCGCGCGCUGGACGCCUUCGGAGGCGACCUGUGGGCGCUGGUCGACGCCGCGCUGGACGUGGCCGCGCGGGACUGCCCCGACGAGCUGCGCGCACGCCGCGACGGCAUCGUCGAGCGCCUCUACGCCGCCGCCGCCGCCGGCUGUAGCAACUGCGCCGGGCGUCCGCCGCCUCUUGCUGCUUUAGCAGCAGCGGGGGGCUGGAUGAAGAGGGCGGCGAGGAGGCGGCUCCGGCUUCUCCAGUGGUGGAGGCUGACGCCCAAGCCGCCCGAGGACGAGCUGGUGCGCUUGCUGCAGAACCUGGCAGACAUGGACGUCACCUACAACGCCCUCCAGGCGACUGACAUCGGGCGGCAAGUGAAUGGUCUGCGCAAGCACCCUUCCGCUGAGGUCAAGCGACUGGUGAAGCAGCUCAUCAGGAAGUGGAAGGAGAUAGUGGACGACUGGGUGCGCCUGCACAAUUCCGGCGGUGACGGCAGCGCCACGGUUAUGACAGCUGAUGGUGACUCUCCAGAUAAAAUCCAAGGCAGGAGCCACCAAAGCCCUCGGGUUUCAGGAUUUCAGUAUUCUCCCAGCCCACAGAGGCAAAAAAGUGACAAGGAGCAAAGGCAGAGUCUUUUGGACCUUGACAAGCUUGACUCUGCUAGGAAGAGGCUCCAGGAGAAUUAUCAAGAAGCACAAAAUGCCAAAAAGCAGAGGACAAUCCAAGUGAUGGACAUCAAUGACAUACCGAAGCCGAAGACCAGAAACGCCUUCAUCCGCAAGAGCAGCAGCGGUGGGCUCGGCGAGGCACUGAUAACCUAG